AUGUCGGGGAAAGUUCACACUUCCUGUAAAUCCAGCUCCAGGGGAGCAUGUCGCCCUCUGCUGACCUCCACCUGCUUUUGCACUCACGUGCAGGACCCUCGCAACAAGCACAAGUUCCGCCUGCACAGCUACAGCAGCCCCACCUUCUGCGACCAUUGCGGGUCCCUCCUCUACGGGCUGGUGCACCAGGGCAUGAAAUGUUCCUGUUGCGAGAUGAACGUGCACCGGCGCUGUGUGCGCAGCGUUCCCUCGCUGUGUGGUGUGGACCAUACAGAGCGCCGUGGACGUCUGCAACUGGAAAUCCGGGCCCCCACGUCAGAUGAGAUCCACAUCACCGUUGGCGAGGCUCGUAACCUCAUUCCUAUGGACCCCAAUGGUCUGUCUGAUCCCUACGUGAAACUGAAGCUCAUCCCAGACCCUCGGAACCUGACGAAACAGAAGACGAGGACCGUGAAAGCCACACUGAAUCCCGUGUGGAACGAGACCUUCGUGUUCAACCUGAAGCCAGGGGAUGUGGAACGCAGGCUCAGUGUGGAGGUUUGGGACUGGGACAGGACAUCCCGAAACGACUUUAUGGGCGCAAUGUCCUUUGGCGUCUCGGAGCUCCUCAAGGCCCCUGUGGAUGGAUGGUACAAGUUACUGAACCAGGAGGAGGGCGAGUAUUACAAUGUACCGGUGGCCGAUGCUGACAACUGCAGCCUCCUCCAGAAGUUUGAGGCAUCCGUCUACCCUGAAGACACUUGGGAAAGAGUGCGGAUGGGCCCCUCCUCCUCCCCCAUCCCUUCCCCAUCCCCCAGUCCCACGGACUCCAAGAGAUGCUUCUUCAGUGCCACUCCGGGACGCCUGCAUAUCUCUGACUUCAGCUUCCUCAUGGUUCUAGGGAAAGGCAGCUUUGGGAAGGUGAUGCUGGCAGAGCGCAGAGGUUCCGAUGAACUCUAUGCCAUCAAGAUCCUGAAGAAAGACGUCAUAGUCCAGGAUGAUGAUGUGGACUGCACCCUUGUGGAGAAACGUGUCCUGGCACUGGGAGGCCGAGGUCCUGGAGGCCGGCCCCACUUCCUCACCCAGCUUCAUUCCACCUUUCAGACACCGGACCGCCUCUAUUUCGUGAUGGAGUACGUGACCGGAGGCGAUUUAAUGUACCACAUUCAGCAACUGGGCAAGUUUAAGGAGCCCCACGCAGCAUUCUACGCUGCGGAAAUCGCGAUCGGCCUCUUCUUCCUUCACAACCAGGGCAUCAUCUACAGGGACCUCAAGUUGGAUAACGUGAUGCUGGAUGCUGAAGGCCACAUCAAGAUCACAGACUUUGGCAUGUGUAAAGAGAAUGUCUUCCCUGGGUCCACAACGCGAACAUUCUGUGGGACCCCAGACUACAUAGCACCCGAGAUCAUUGCCUAUCAGCCGUAUGGGAAGUCUGUUGACUGGUGGUCUUUUGGGGUCCUGCUAUAUGAGAUGUUGGCAGGACAGCCACCCUUUGAUGGAGAAGACGAGGAGGAGCUGUUUCAAGCCAUCAUGGAACAAACGGUCACCUAUCCCAAGUCACUCUCCCGGGAAGCUGUGGCCAUCUGCAAGGGGUUGGUGCAGAAGAAAGUGCCUGGCCUAUAG